AUGCCAAAGGAAAGGAGGGAUCACCAAGAGGGACGAGAUGCCACUAAACCCAAUUCUAGAGUUGAGAUUUUUGAUGUAUGGGGAAUAGACUUCAUGGGACCUUUCAAACCCUCUUCAAACGGGCACAACUACAUUUUGGUUGCUGUAGACUAUGUAUCCAAAUGGAUUGAAGCCAUUCCCUGCCCAACCUGUGACGCCAAGGUGGUUGUCAAGCUUUUCAGAACCAUCAUCUUUCCAAGGUUCGGCAUCCCAAGGGUUGUUAUUUCAGAUGGAGGCUCCCAUUUCAUCAACAAGGUGUUUGAAAAGUUGAUGAGAAGCCACGGAGUAAAACACAAGGUCGCCACGCCUUAUCACCCUCAAACCAGUGGGCAAGUUGAAGUCUCCAACAGACAGAUCAAGGCCAUAUUGGAGAAGACUGUGAGCUUCACUAGGAAAGACUGGGCAGCAAGGCUUGAUGAGGCACUUUGGGCUUAUAGGACAGCCUACAAAACCCCCAUUGGAAGGUCUCCUUUCAAUUUGCUGUAUGGGAAGGACUGCCACUUACCUGUGGAGGUCGAAUAUAAGGCUUUAUGGGCAGUAAAGAUGCUGAACUUUGAUAUAAAGGCAGCACAAGAAAGGAGGGUAAUGAACUUGUUUGAGCUGGAGGAGAUAAGAAUGAAUGCCUAUGAGAACUCUAGGAUUUACAAGAUGAGAACCAAGGCAGCCCACGACAAACUGAUUCGCCUUAAGGACUUCAAGGUUGGGGACAGUGUGCUCUUGUAUAACUCCAAGCUAAGGUUGUUUCCCGGGAAGCUGAGGUCAAAGUGGGCGGGACCAUUCAAGAUUCACGAAGUUCUACCCUAUGGGUCCCUCACUUUGCUCAAUCAAGAGGGGAAGGAAUUCACAGUGAAUGGACAUAGAUGCAAGCCAUAUCUAGGAAUGACCCCCACAGAGGAGAUCAUCACUCCUCUAGAAGAUCCAACCCCGGCCUAA